UCAGGACUGAAGAGGAACAGCUGCUGAAGAAAGAGAACUGAUGGAAAAGCUAUUGUUUCUGGGUGAUUCUUUAAAGGACUGAAGAGGGACAGCAGUUGGAAGGGGUACAUUGGACCAGUGUGGUAGUUUAAAACUAUUGGUUUAACAUGAAGUUUCUUCUCUUCUGUCAUCUUUGUUUCCUGGGUGGAAUUUGGGCUACUUUACGAUCUUCAAUCAUCAGAGAGUCCGUCAGAAAUUCUCCAAAACCCAAUAUUACGUUCGGAGUAAUUCUUCCCAGAUCUUUGCUUAUUACAGUAACACGUUCCUACGGCAAAAGACUAGGCGAAUCUUUCCAGGCUUUUACAGACAGCAAACAAUUAAAAUAUACGUUCAAAGAUUAUUACAGAAUUUCUACGCCUCCUGUGGCCAACAUGUCCUUAAAUCCGAGUCCAACAGAAAUCCUCAAUACUUUGUGCAAUAUUGUAGUCAAGAGAGACGUUGUCGCUAUUCUGUACUUCACUAACUCGGAGAUAUACGGUAGUAACGCGGCAUCUGUACAAUACCUUCUACAGCUCACAACGUACAUGGGAAUUCCUGUUAUUGCCUGGAACGCUGACAACAUUGGAGUGGAGCAGCGAGUCUCCGGGUCAAGAAUCCUUCAGUUAGCGCCAUCUAUGGAGCAUCAGGCGGCAGCCAUGUUGAGUAUCCUCAAGAGAUAUUUAUGGCACCAGUUUUCCAUCGUCACCACUCUUAUAGGAGGACACGAUGAUUUCGUGCGUGCUGUGAGAGACAUUGUUCUCGAGAGUACAGAAUUUAAAUUCAACAUUCUUGACAUCUUCGUGCUGAAGGGGAAAACGAGAGACGAAAUACGGACAGAAUUAGAGUCUUUAAAAAACAGUGAUGCUCGAGUCAUUCUUCUCUAUGUUACGAAAGAUGAGGGAAGUAACAUCAUGGGAGCAGCCAAUGAUCUGGGAAUAACAGGGAAGAAUUACAUGUGGAUCGCCACUCAAUCCGCUGUUGGUUCAGGGAUUGUAAACUAUGCCCCAAGCGACUUUCCUAUUGGCAUGUUAG